CAGCAAGAGAAAGAGGGAGGAGGACGGCACAAAUCAACCUGCCUCUUGACUUUAACAACAGAAUAAGAAGAGCCGGCUCAGACGCCACAGAGAUCGAGGAAGUGUGCUUUAUUCGUGUGCGUGUUCUCUGAAUUUUAUUUUCGGAGAGAGGAAGAGAGAGAGAGAGAGAGAGAGAGAGAGAGAGAGAGAGAUCACCAGACAGGAGGAGGAACUGAAGCAAGAGGAGGAGGAGAACGAGCCUCGCCGUGGAGAUAGAUAGCAGAAAAAUGCUGUCAUGGGGAGAGCAGGGGAGGGAGUCGGCAGAGAGAAACAGGAUGAAACAAGGCAGGGUCGAGCGGAGCUGAAAUGUGGAGGUGGCCAGUGGACCAGAGCAAAAGGGAAGCAGCAGGCACUGACGAGUGCAGACGAAUAGAUGCCAUGUUAGGAGGGUUUAUAAAGACAGAGCCUCUCUUACACAGAGGACACAAAGUCAGGCUCCAGUGAUGACCCUCGCAUCCUUACCCUGCAGGAAGGAGCACCCCACGACUGGAACACCACCAAAACACACACGCGUACACCUGCAGCAAAACUAUGAUACGUAUUCUCUCAAAUCUUGUCACUCGUUAAGGACUUGUUGACUUGUUCAGCGCCUCACACAGACGUCUAUGGGAGCUCCAAAGGGUUGAGAAAGUUCAGGCGUCUUAAGUGGUGUGAACGAGUUCUGUAUUCGCUGCUAUCGCUCGGCUGUGUUUUUCAUCUUCUUGCACAGCACUCCUGUUUCACACCAGCGCCACAGAGACCAGGACACAGAUUUAACUGGGAGUUACAGGAAGCGCCGGAGAAAAAAAAACGCUGCAGAAAGUGGAGUCAGUUUUUCUUAGGGCACCAUGCAGUCAGAUGAUCUCUUCAUCCGCAAGUUCCGCCGUCAGAACAUGCGGCCGCCUAUUGCUACGGUUAACUUUGAUCACAAACGCGAAGCCAGUGUGGUGGAGUGGCCGCCCAGGAGGGAGGCCGAUGGAGCCGACGGAGACAGCCUCACUCCGAGCCGUGUAGGGCUUACCCUUCGAUCCGUGGGCCGGGGUCACAUCAUGCAGAGAAGCAACAGCGAUGUAACUUUAGGGGACUUGGACUCCUCCGGAAAGGCUGGGGGCAAAGCAGCUCGGGUGGUUGGCGAGAAAGCAGGUGUGGGGGCUCAGGGGGACUCGGGUCUGCACAGGGAAUACGGCAGUUUGUCCUCACUGGAGAGACAGACUCAACUGCUGGAGGGAAUCUCUGCAGACCAGGGGCCCCUGAGUCCAAACCAACUCCGUUUCAAAGACCCUUUCCUGCUUUUAGGACUGCAGGGAAAUCCUCCAGAGCCUGACGGGUUCUUUAGGGGGUUGUCUCUUUCCACGGGGGACUCCCCAAAACCUGCAAAGCCACCGAAGCCUGAAGGUCUGGGUAAGAAGAGCAAACCCGUGCCCCCUCAGAUCCCCCAACCAGGCCCGUAUGAUAACAUCGGGGGCGGAGCCUGGGUGAGGAACUUUGCCCACUACGACGUUCAGAGCAUCCUGUUUGACCUCACAGAGGCGGCCACGAACCGGGACAGCAUCGGACGGAAAAAGAACAUCACAUCCGGGGCUUCUGCUGCCUCCCAGCUGAGGCCCCUCUCCCAGGCCACCCCGUCUUCACCCGCACAGGGCGGGGGAGGCAACGGGGGGAACGCAGACGACCCCGAGCAGUCGCUGCUGCUGGACGAAGGCGACGGCAACGAUAACGAGCUCCUGCUUAGUUGCCCGCACUUCCGCAAUGAGACUGGAGGAGAGGAGCAGGUGGGUCUGGGCAGAUCCCAGGAGAGGUCAAGUCUGCGGACGCCCAACGAUGCGGUGUCAGUCCUGGAGGAGCCCAGAGAGAGUCAUGUCCAACAGCAGGGCAAGAGCAACUACUUCAUAGAGCACGCAGACCUGGGGGCCCAUUACUAUCGCAAAUAUUUCUACAUGAAAGAACACCAGAAUUUCUUCGGUAUGGAUGAUCGCCUCGGGCCAGUUGCAAUCAGUUUCCGUCGCGAGGAGAAGGAAGGAUCCAGCGGCGCUCAGUACAACUACAGAAUCAUCUUUCGCACCACCGAGAUGAAGACACUGCGAGGUUCCAUCCUGGAGGAGUCAGUGCCUUCUGCCGCUCGACACACGACCCCCCGAGGCUUGUCUCCGAAGAGGCUGCUCGAGUUCAUCAUGCCUGAGCUGAACCUGCACUGCCUGCGCUUAGCUUCAAACUCCCCUAAGGUCCGAGACACCCUGCUGAAGCUCGACGAACAGGGGCUGAAUUUCCAGCGAAAGGUUGGCGUGAUGUACUGCCGGGCCGGGCAAAGCUCAGAGGAGGACAUGUACAAUAACGAGAGCUCGGGGCCGGCGUUCGAGGAGUUUCUGGAUCUGCUCGGGGAGCGGGUGCGCCUGAAGGGCUGGGAGAAAUACCGAGCUCAGCUGGACAACAAGACGGACUCAACUGGGACGCACUCGCUCUACACGCGCUACCAGGACUACGAGAUAAUGUUCCAUGUGUCCACGAUGCUGCCCUACACAGCCAACAACACUCAGCAGUUGCUGAGGAAGCGACACAUCGGUAACGACAUCGUGACAAUCGUGUUCCAGGAGCCCGGCGCCCUGCCCUUCACGCCAAAGUCGAUCCGCUCCCACUUCCAACACGUCUUCAUCAUCAUACAGGUUCACGAGCCCUGUACCGAAAACACCUACUACAGGGUGGCUGUGACUCGCUCUAAAGACAUGCCAUUGUUUGGUCCGCUGUUCCCUAAGGGCGCCCGCUUUCCUCGCUCGCCCGCCUUGAGAGACUUUCUCCUGGCGAAGGCGGUGAACGCUGAAAACGCUGCGGAGAAGUCGGAGAAGUUUCGCUCCAUGGCCACGCGCACGCGGCAGGAGUACCUGAAGGACCUGGCGGAAAACUACGUCACCACCACGCCCAUCGACUCCUCCACCAAAUUCCCCCUGCUCUCUCUGGGAGGGAAGCGCAAAGACAAGCUGAAGGGCGCCAAAGGGGCCGAGCUGCACAGUGCCGGGGCGCUGGUGUGGGCCGUGAUGGUCAACAGCGGGGGGGAGGAUUGCGAGGUGGGGGAGCACAAGCUGCCCUGUCUGCUGGGGGUGUCCGCCGAGUCAGUGGUGCUCAUAGAGAGGUGCACUCGCAGGGUGGUGUUUAACUGCUCCUGUCGAGAUGUCAUCGGGUGGAAGGCGGUGACGGAGGCGAAAGACGGCGGGCCGUGUUUGGAUAUCUACUACGAGCGAGGGGAGUCGGUGUCAAUCAGUGCGAUGGAGAGCCAGGCGGAGGACAUCAAAGAGGUGGUGCAGAGACUAGAGCUGGUGACCCGGGGUUGCGAGGCUUUUGAGGUCACCCCCCUGCGCGACGGGGUCGGGCAGCCGGGUUUCCUCAUGAACGAGGAGGGCUUCGUGACGGACCUGCAGAGGUUCUGCUACGCCGAGAGCGGAGGCUUGCAGCUUUGGGCUCGCGUGGUGCGGCUCUGCGGACACUCGUUGGUUCACCUGAGCUCAGAGGAGAGGACCAGGCUGCUCCGCACCGCGCACAAGAUCCACAUCACUGUCAUCCCACCGGACGAGAACGGGAAGCCUCGCAGAAGUUUCUCUGAGCUCUACCAGAAAGCCAUUAAAGACGCCGAGUGUAAACCCGGUGAGGAUCAGUCUGGAGAGGCCUGGGUGCUGGAUGAAAGGGAAGAAGAAGAAGAAGAGGAGGAGGAGGAGGAGGAGGAAGAAGAGGAGGAGGAAGAGGUGAAAGUGGAGGACAAGCUGAAGGCUGGCGGGGUCGAUGAAGUGGAUAUGAUGGAGAUGGAGGCCGAGGAGGGCGAAGGGCAACUGUGUGAUAAGGGGCAAAGUGAGAGGAGUCACAGCUCGCUCCUCAUACCGCCCAGCUUACCUUUGUUACGGGCCACUUCCCUGCAGGACCAACCAGCCAAUCAGAGCGAGGAGAAUGGCGGCCCGCAGCUCACACGCAGCUGCUCAUUGGAGAGGACAUCUUACGGGGAUACAAGCGAUGGGCACGUGUACGACAACGUGGGGCUGAAGGGCGACCGACACAUUUACGAGAAUGUGGGCGAGCUGAGAGACGCCACGCCUGAUCUCAUCCUGGCCGUCAAACCCAAAACUCCCCUGGAGGACGAACAGUUCAUGUCGGCCGACUUUGGCGAUGACAGAGCUUCUGCGAGUGACUCUUCCUCCCGGUUGUCGUGUGUGGACCGAGCUGAAAGGAACUCACGAGCCCUGAGUCUUCAUAACUCCAUCACCAAGAUUCUCUCAGAGACGACGGAUACGACGGAGGAGGAGUGGCAGUCCAUAGCUGACCUGGCCACAGCCUGCCGCAGCAUCCUGGAGGCGCUGUCACGAGAGGACCGUAAAGCUGGAGACCAAGGCGGAGCUGACCAGACAGACGGCAAGCUAAAAGACUCAAAAGACAGUGACUCUCCAGGCCACCUAGAGGAGAAAGUGUCGCAGCUGGAAGCCAUGCUGAAGAAGCUGCAGGAUGACCUGCAAAAGGAGAAAGAGGACAAGGCGGUGCUGCAGGCCGAGGUGCAGAGCCUCCGGCAGAACAACCAGCGGCUGCAGGAGGAGUCUCAGAGCACGGUGGCUCGCCUCAUCAAAGUCACCGAGCUGCUGUGCAACGUCAACAAGCCCUGUUAGAGCCGACGCUGCAUGCACAAUAACACACAAAUCAGCAGAGAGAUGCAAACUCGCACAACACGAUUGUGCGUUCGGUAUACUCAUUUUUUCUCUUACAUAUUUGCAAAAUCUAGACAAACGCACACGUAUCCUCCUCAAUGUGUGUGAUCACAGUCUCAAUCCUGAAUCCUGGACCUGCCUGCUGGUGAGAAAGUAUGCAAAUCAACUCAUAAAAAAGACAACAAAAAAAAAGGACAAUUUCAACAUCCCAUGACCUUCACAGACUGACCAGUGUGCAGCUCUGAGGCUGUUGGGUUGGUUUGCUAUGCCAGAGUGCUUCUCUAUUCGUGCAAUGGAUGGAUGUGUGCGCAGCAUGUGUGUGUGCGUGUCUGUGUGUGUGUGCAUCUCUUACUGUACCUUGCUUAAAUACUUGACAAGCUGGGCUGAAUAGCACUUGCAUAAGAAAGUUGCAAUUAAGACUGAGAGACACUGUAUAGCAUGUUGGGUGGUGUCUUAUCUGAAAUGACCAAAAGUGUAAAUAUAUAUCACCAAUAAUAUAUGUGAACAGUAGUGUUGCUAUCCUCUCUGCCAGACGUGUAGUCGCAGUGUGUGAGUGUGGCGCUGAUAAUGUGGGAGAGCUGUGUAACAAAAUACAAAAAAAAAGGGAACGUGACAGUGACGAGGCCUGUAGACGGCCUUCUACUUCAAAAGAUGUAAUGAUGGUGACUGAGUUGCCUCAGAGUGAGGUCUGUUACGUAAGGACAUCAUCCUCUGCCCUCUUCUUCUCUCACAAGUACUGUAUUUUAUGAAAUGCUGAAGUUAAAAGGGAGAAGAUUUUAAAAACACAAGUUUAAAAAAAGGACAUAAACGGGAAUUCCCUCUGAGAGAAAAAAAAAAUCUGAGAAUGCUUGUUGCUCCUGGAAGUAUGUAAUCACACAGUAUUAGAGUGAUACUGAAAAGGGUUAUACCUCUCCUGAAGACACAGACAAUGGCAGGAAAGAGCUGCUUCAGCUUCCUUCCAUGUAGCUGUUUUCUUCUAACCUCACUAUUGUAGCAGCCAUACUGUAGAAGAUCUCCUCCUGCUGGCCUGAACCACUAAAUGCCCCCAAAAGGCAGCUUCUCUUUCAGCUGGCGACAUAGCUUUAGGUGUCUGAAAACAACACCUUGAAGUAAUAGUGAAAUACAGAAAAAUUGUAUUUAAAAUAUGUUUUGUGUUUGGCGGAUGAUUCAGUGAGUAUUUCGUUCAAUAUGGCUUAUGAGUGGUAGCAGUAAGGAAAAUACCUGAUGUGUGUUUCUGUGUGUUUCUGUGUCGUUCUUGCACUUUCUUUUAAGGUGAAAUGAGCACUGGAUAGGGCACAUGCUGUACUUUACAUGCCUGGGUUAUGUCUUGCUCAAUGUAAGAAGGUGGAUCAGAUCUCAUCCCCCCCACACCACCUUACCUCACUUCUUCUUUUUUUUUUGGUCCACUGCUGCUGACAAAAAACGUGUGUUCAGAGGAGUCUGACUGCUUCUCCUCAGUGCCAACGAAAAAGCCCAGGCAGCUCUACUGAUCCCAGAGAAAUCAAACUGAACUGACUCAACCACAAACUCUGAUUUAAAAAAAAAAAGAAGGGAUGCCAAACGUUUUCACCAGUCACUCAGACUCUUGUUUUACUUGUGUAAACUUCCUCUUGUAAUUUUUUCUUUUAGAGUCACUGUGAAUACCUGGUACCAGCAUAUUAAGAUACAGUAUAUAAAGAUUUAAUUAUGAAUCUAAACCUUAUCAGUAUGUGAAGAUACUGUAUGUACAGCUGAACUGUUCUAUGUUACUUUUAGUGCAUUGGGUUGUGUACACCCUCCUUUUUGCAGGAUGAUUAUGCAGACAAAGUGUUUAAAUCGUGGCCAUUCAGGCUCCUGUUUCAUCUCCUGUACAUGCUGAAGCCUCAUGACUGACCGGGGGAGACGCUGGGGUGAGAGGACCCGUUUUAACUGUGUCUCUUGUAUAGCUAUCUAGAUUGUAGGAGGUUGGUCAAGCAUGAGAAUGUGCCAAGCAACUUCCAAGCUCCCCUUCUGUAUGUGUGUAUGUAUAAAAAUGUAACUUAUUAAUCAUGCAAAUGUGGAUUUUCUUGUAGCUGUUUAAACUGGAGGGAAGUGUGGAGAGAAAAAUGUGAAAUAGGAUAGAAAGGAAAGGUGUACUUGGUUAUACAUUUUGUUUCUUUGUAGAAAAAAAAACCCAACAACAAGAAAUGACAAACUACUAUCUGCAAAUCUUGCUAUUAUCAUUCUAGUAUUGAGCUAUUUCAGCUACAGCUCUUACAUAUUUAAUAAGGUCUUUAAACACCAUUAGGUACGCCUUACUGAGUGAUGGUCAAACUGGUCGUACGGUUUUAUGUGAAGGCUUAUUUCUCUGACUUUGUGCCUACCUGAAAAUGUAAUGUAUGUUAACCCAGCGUAGUGACCUCAUUUCUUUGUCUUCGGUUGCACUUACUGAGGUUUUUAUGUGGAAGAGACUAUCUCAACAUCUGGUCCGUCGUCCACAGUGUGAGGAAAAGUCAUUGAGUAACACAUCAGGAGAAAAGACAGAUAAUAAUAAUGAAAGACGUGUGUUGUUGGUCUGAAGAAUAACUGAAGCUCAAUGAGCUACGCUGAUUGUUCGGAAGAGCAAAGAGACGAAUAUAUGGUUUUUAAUAGUGAACUCAAAGGGUAAAGGGUGUUUAAAAUGACUGAUGAUGCAUUGAAAUGGAGUUUAAGUUGAAAUGAAUGUGUUGAAUGACGUAUGCUUCCCUGAUGGGAUGAUUAUUUUGGUAUUUAAAUAUUUAAGAAUAAAUUGUCUCAGAAAAU